GAUACUCCUUUAAUAACUUUUAAAAUAUCUAAUCUAAAGUGCAGAGUUUUGUUAGGGGUUGUUUUGGUGGUUUUCUGUUUACAUUAUCCGAUUUGCUACCAACAAUUACGAAUAAGUAUGAUGGGAGCCGAAAAUAUUGCAACUCGCGAGAGAAAUCCUAAGCAAAAUGACAUACCUAACGUAAACUGCACUUAAAUGUAAAUGCCUAACAUUGUUUUGAUAGGCAAUUUAUAACAGGAAAACUAAUAGGGAUUUAGUUGACACGUUAUAAUAAGAAAGCUUUAGAUGAUUCUUUUGUAUCGGAAUUACCAUGUUCAUCUUUUUAGUUUUAAAACUUUAUUUUGCGUAAUGCAAAUUUCAAGUCUUUUUACGCCCCAAUCACGUGUCCAUUCUGGAUACAUUCCAUGAUGUUGAUACAAUAGCUCGGCUACUUAUCUUCCUAAUAAAUUUAAUGGCUCUAAACCUUACAAUGAAAAGAUUAAACGCCGGUUUUUCAUCUUACCGUUGAGGGUGUAUGAGGUACUUUUAUUAAUAACAAUAGAAGUUACUUUUGGAACUCAAAAUAGGUACAUUUUUCUGGUGAAAUGUUGAAGUUCCAACCGGAGUUCCUUCAUCAUUAUAAACCGUUCUGUAAUGAGAUUUUGUAAUAAGAUUGAUAAGAACAAAAAAAGAAAGAUGCUCUUUCGUAUUUCAAGAACAAAAUAUUGGUGACCAUUUUUAAAGUUUCGAGUAUUUCCUAAAGAAAAUCCUCCCAUGAAAUUUAAACGAGUGGCGAACCGCAACAUUUACUUCUUCCAAAUCAGGGUGGUUUCGCAAAUCUGCACACCAAAUAUUUUAACUCAAAGGUUGUUGCUACGCUACCAUAGAAACAUACGUCAAGAUUGAAUUAUUGAAGUCGGGUAAUGAUGGAACACUGGUUACACAUUUUUGUAACAACCGCUUUAGCGUCUGUCUGUUUGGCAAAUUACUUCUGCAACCUACCAUGCGAAAAGGAUGAGAACACUGUCUGUAGAAGAAAGCCAUGCGGUUGUAGCGAGCGAUGCGGUGUUCAUUUUCGAAUGUUACCAAUUGAUGGAGGUGCCCGUAAGGUUUUAAUUGAUCUUCAUAACAAAUACCGCAGCACCAUCGCCAAUGGCUAUAGUAUACCGGGUACUUCAAUUAAACUACCGAGUGCGACGGAUAUGAUCAGGCUGAAUUACGACCAAGAAUUAGAGUUUGUGGCUCAAUGUUAUGCGAACGCUUGCAUGGAAUGGGGGGCGCACGAUAAGUGCAGAAGAACGUCUAAAUUUCAGGCCGCCGGCCAAAAUAUGUAUACCACUUAUGGUAGCGGAAAUUUCAACUUUUCCGAUGAGAAGUACAUCGAGGAGGCGGUUACUUCUUGGUUUAAUGAAGUUAAGGAUAUGGAGCCUGAUGUUGUUAAUAGCUAUAGACCAACGGGAAAGGUUAUCGGGCACUUUACCCAGUUGGCAUGGGCGAGAACCAGUCAUAUCGGAUGCGCUCGAACAAUGUAUGGGAACCGUAACAUAAAGGGAAUGUACCUGUAUUGUAAUUACGGACCUGGGGGUAAUAUCUUAGGAGGAACCAUGUAUCAGGCGGGAUCGCCUGGCGAUUCGUGUUCCAUAAGGUCUGAAACCUACAAAAAUUUAUGUGUGCAUUCGAAUAAAGUGACUGAACAUGAGGGGGAUGAUUGGGAGGAUUGGGAACCUCCUUUUCCCAUAUUAGAGUAACACUAAUAAGCAAAUUAAUAAUGUUUGUUGCAAACGGAAUAACAAUGUAUCUUUAAGAGAAAUAAAGAAAAGGUGUGUUCACCGCCUUAUAACUAGAAGUGAACUAUUUGGAAAUUUUGACCAUUAGCCGAAACCAAAAUCCCAGGUGACAGGCUGAGAAACUUAAAGUUACAUUCUUUUCGUUUUUAGCAUUUUACAGGAGAACUACGCCAUUUAGCAAAAAAAAUACCAUCAAUUGAUACCAACUUUUGUGCUAUCCCUACUAACUCUAGCGGCUUAAACACAACCUUAAAGUCGAUUAAUUAGCUUAACUUGUACACCAAUUUUCAUAUGAAAUAUUUAUACAAAAAC